AUCCAUUCACUUUCCAACCGCAACUCGUUCUUCUUUUGUGUUCUAUUUCUGCCCUGUCUUUUCCCUCGACCUUCUAGUAUCGCAGACCUAGGUGGCAAGCUCUCGAAUUCACUCCUUUUGUUCCUUGGCCGCCUUGGGCGCUGCACCCGUUGAUUAGCCGUAUCCAAUUAUCUCGGCGCCUUGUCUCGACCUCGCCACAGCCGGGCGCCUGCGUUGCUGUUGUGUUUGCCCAUAACCAGAAGAUGUCGCAAUCCCAGCCGCCCGCCAGCUCCCAGGCUCAGGAGGAAAUUGCCGAGUUGCUUAAUGAGAUAGCCUUUCAAAAGGUCCUCUUAUCAUCCAUCGACGACUCCGUGGAGAACCGGGAGGAGGCAGAGAAUGAAGUUCGAGCUGAGAUCAAGGCGUUGGAGAAGCAGUUAAAAGCCCUCAAGCGGGGUUCUAGGGCGCCAGACUCCUUCACCUCCUCGGCUCCCCAGGAUUUUGAGGCAACUUCUUCCAUCCCACCGUCUUCCCGACCUCUGUCGAACUCUCCCAUGGACGACUCCCCUCCUGGAUCGCCCUCGAACCCUAACCAAGCUAGGGAACAUACUUCGACAGCAUCAUCUCCAAUAUCCGCGGACUUGGUUGACGAGUAUUCAAAUUCAGGGUCUCUAACCCCCUCCAAGAUGGACCUUCCUACUCGAAAGCGAUCUCGCAGCCAGCAUCUCGAUGGCCUUGCGCCACCUACAAAUAACAAAUCAAGACGAACAUCACCAAGUCCAUUACAGACAGGUGCAACAACCCCGUCUUCAAGCUUAGAUGAUGAUGAAUUUCCAACGGUCGAUGUUGAAUUCUUCAGGCGGCAGCAGAAGGCUGAGGAAGAGAGGAUAGAACGUGAAAGACGGGAUGAAGAGCUUGCUAGAAAGAUGUACAAUCAAGGCCAACAGCAGAGAACCCAGCCGGCAGCCGCAGCGUCAGGCCCAUCUGCCUUUGACCGGCUGUCUGGAAUGCGGCCACCCCCUUCAAGUUCUUCAACCACGACAUCAUCAAGCAACCCCCCACAUGGACAAUCUUCAAAAGGAAGAUACUUUCCUGGGCUACCGUCGAAGAUUCCAGGCGUCAAAAACGAAGCCUCAAGUUCGUCCAGCAGGGACGUCAUUCAUAUGCUUGAUUUCGGACACUGGGAUGACUCCGACGAUUCUGAUAUUGAGAUCAUAUCUCCUGAUGCCUUUUAUGACAAGAGUCCCCGCAAACCUGCUGGCAAUACCGCUUCACGCCGUGUUGAUCAAGUUUCUCCAAACUCCGCUCUGCAGAUGGCAAUGUUUGGAAAGCAAAAUGUACCCAAGUGGAUGAACCAGAGUAUGCAGGGAAGCCCGUCACAAUCUGCUCGUCCGUCAAUGAACUUUCCUACUCAUAAUCCUAAUAUGAGCAUGGGGCCUGGAAUGGCAAACGGCGUCCGUGGAACAUCGCAAACUCCUUUAUCUGGUCGUAGCGUGUACGUCAGUCCCCCUCUACACAAUGGGGGAGGCCUCUAUGGUAUCGGGACAUCUGUGGGCUCUUUGAACGCACCUGCUGCAUAUAGCCCAUACGGAAUUCAAAGCGGCCGCCCUGGUAUAGGAGACAUUUUGCAUAGUACCAGCAACAUGGGAUUUGGUAAUAUGAACCAGCCAGGCCCCUCUCAGGGCAUGUCCACUUAUCCGUCCUUCAAUACUCUGUCCAGUAUGUAUCGUCCUGGAGACAUUAGGGGUGGGGAUGAUAUGCCGGAUAUGUUCAAUCAUCCUUUCAAUGAGAGGAUGGCUGGACAACUAGACUACAUCAUGAAUGACCCAAGGAAGACCGAUGAAGAGAUCAAGGCUUUGAUUGAAAACAUCCGUCCCGAUGCCGACUUACCUGCCGAGGACCGAGAGGGUACUCCGGAGGGUCUCAAAUAUCCCUUGUACGAACAUCAGAAGCUCGCUCUUACCUGGCUGAAGUCUAUGGAAGAAGGCACAAACAAGGGUGGUAUUCUUGCUGACGAUAUGGGACUUGGCAAAACAAUCAGUUCUUUAGCAUUGAUUCUGAGUCGACCGUCAACCGACCAUAUGCGAAAGACAACUCUUAUAGUUGGUCCUGUCGCCCUUGUCCGCCAGUGGGAACGAGAGAUCCGCAAGAAGGUGAAGCCCGAGCAUAAACUGAGUACCUAUAUGGCUCAUGGUGCAAACCGGAAGCUCUCAUGGAAUGAUCUACGAUUAUACGACGUUGUAUUGACAACCUACGGCACCCUUGCAGCAGAAUAUAGUCGCUGGGGGAAGUUCCUGGAAGAACAACAAUCCCAAGGCCGUACACUCGGGUUAGGCAUCGAAGAAGGACCAUUGCGAAAGAAGUUUCCGUUCUUAGGUCCCAAGAGUCUCUUCUAUCGUGUUAUCCUCGACGAAGCGCAGUGCAUCAAGAAUAAAUCUACCUUGGCAGCUAGGGCGGCAUGUCAACUCAAGUCUGUGACUAGGAUUUGCCUCACUGGUACCCCGAUGAUGAAUAACGUCGGGGAACUAUAUUCAUUAAUACACUUCCUGCGGAUCCGCCCCUAUAACGAGUACAAGAAAUUCCAGGAGGACUUCGGCAUGUUCAAAAAAGCAGGUGCAUACCAGCACCAAUUAGACAAAGGCAUGCGAAAACUGCAGGCUCUUCUGAAAGCAAUCCUUCUCCGCCGGACGAAGACCUCUCUGAUUGACGGCAAGCCAAUUAUUACCUUGCCGCCAAAGACGGAGGAGACUACCCAUGUUAUCUUUAGUGAUGAUGAGAAAGCAUUCUAUGACUCACUAGAGGGCAAGAUCAGGAUACAGUUCAACAAGUAUAUGAAAGCAGGCACUGUCGGAAAGAACUACUCUAGUAUCUUGGUCCUCCUUUUGCGACUUCGUCAAUGCUGCUGUCACCCUCACCUUAUCACUCACUUCGACGAGGCACCACCAGCUGGGGCUGCUGAUCUUACUGAAGAUGUCAUGAUCAAGCUGGCCGAGAGCCUGUAUCCAGAUGUUGUUAGCAGACUAUUGGCUGCAGAGGGUUCUUUCGAAUGUCCUAUUUGCUACGAUGGCGUCGAGAAUCCUUCAAUCAUCAUACCAUGCGGUCAUGACACGUGCGCUGAGUGUCUAACCAAAAUCUCAGACCAAGCAAACCAGCAGAACGUCGCAGAUGGCAACGAGGCUGGCGGCACAUCUAAAUGUCCAUCUUGUCGCGGCAGGAUUGACAUGGGCAAAAUCAUCGACUAUGCUACGUUCAAGAAAGUCCAUGUGAAAGGCCCCGUAGCUGCUGAGGAGAAGACUGCAGGCGUGGAUAUGGAUAGCGAUGACGAUAGUGAGAGCGAGUCCGAUUCGGAGACAGAGAGUGAAGAUGAUGUAGACCGCCAUGGAGAUCUCAGAGAUUUCAUCGUUCCCGAUAUUUCUGAUGCUACAGAAGACGAAGAGGACCCUGCUCCUGGAGAGGGCGGUGACGACGAAGCAGAACAGGAGCCCAAGAAGAAGUCUAAGGACAAGGGCAAGAAGAAGGAGAGGAAGCGCCAUCGAAAGGCAAAGAAAGGAAAGGGGAAGGAGUCGAGCAAGCAUUUAUCAAUUGCGAUGUUGAAGAAGGAAGCCUCAAAGAAUGCCGAUGGACGUCGUCGCUACAUGAAGUACCUUCGCAAGCAUUGGCAACCGUCCGCUAAGGUCAAUAAGUGCGUCGAAUUGCUGGAGAGGUUUCAGAAUGAGGAUCAAAAGACCAUUGUCUUCAGUCAAUUCGUUUCCCUUCUGGAUCUCCUCCAGGUCCCCAUCGACCAAAAGGGCUGGGUGUGCGAACGUUACGACGGUAGUAUGAAUGCUGAAGCUCGGAAUGAUGCCAUCAAUCGGUUCACUGAUGAUCGCAACACCAAAAUCAUGCUGAUUUCCCUGAAGGCUGGGAACGCGGGACUCAAUCUUGUUGCUGCUUCUCGAGUCAUUAUUCUUGAUCCUUUCUGGAACCCUUUCAUUGAGAUGCAGGCUGUUGACCGAGCACACCGCAUUGGCCAACAACGCCCCGUCGAAGUCCAUCGGAUCUUGAUCAAGAACACGGUCGAGGAUCGUAUUAUCGAACUUCAACAACGCAAGAAGAAACUCGUUGACGAGGCUCUCAGUGAGGGGGCUAGUAAGUCUCUUGGCCGUCUUGGCGUACAAGAGCUUGCCUUCCUCUUCGGCAUUGGCACUGGGCAGCAAUCGUUGAUCGAUCGCCGUGUCGGGUAGGUUGAUUUCCAUCUCUUUUUUUAUUGUGUCAUGAGAUUCGGUGGAGAUAAAUUGUGCCUUGCGUACUCUACUAUUCGUUGCUUGUAUUUUCUUUUUUUUUUUAAAGAAGCCGUACAUGCCUUGUAACACCAAAUGCAUUGGUAC